UGUAAUGGCUGCUGGAUGGACCAAGUGAAUUUAGAUGCUCCGUCACUUCUGCUUUUAUAUUGUCCACAAUAAACGAAUAACGCGGAGAAGUUGGACCUAAAAAUGAUUUAUAUUUAUCCACAGGCGCACACAAAGACGAAAUCUAACAGCGUGAAGUGAUUGGACAACAUUUAAGGUUGAGGCCUGUCAUGCCCUGCUGGUCAUGGCGAUGAAGGCCCGUUAUGGAGUCGGUACUGAACGUGGGUCUACGGAUCCCAGCAUCAUGUUGCUGGAGGUGCUGUACCGAUGGGACGUCAGCUCCUUCUUCCAGAAGAUCCAGAGGAGUAGUCUCAACAAUAACCCCUUAUUCCAGUACAAAUAUAUAGCCCUGUACUUGCAUUAUGUUGGUUACAUCCUCAGUCUGGUUCUGUUGACAUUACCACGACAACACUUGGUGCAGCUCUACCUUUACGUGCUCACAGCACUUCUGCUCUUCGCUGGACACCAGCUCUCCAGGGAUUAUGUCCGUGGAGAGCUGGACUCUGGUUACGAGGGACCUCUCUACCUGGAGCCUCUGUCUAUGAACCGUUUUACCACAGCGCUCAUCGGUCAGGUCGUGGUUUGUACACUGUGUUCCUGUGUCAUGCAGACCAGACAGAUCUGGCUGUUUUCUGCACACCUGCUCCCCUUAGUGGCUAGACUAUGCCUUGUGCCCCUGGAGACGAUUGUCUUUAUCAACCGCUUUGCUAUGAUCUUCACUGGUCUGGAGGUCCUCUACUUCAUUGCAUCCAAUUUGCUGGUGCCGUACAAUCUGGCCAAAACUGCCUACAGAGAGCUAGUGCAGGUGGUGGAAGUAUAUGGUUUGCUAGCUCUGGGCAUGUCUCUGUGGAAUCAGCUGGUUCUGCCUGUUCUUUUUAUGUGCUUCUGGUGGUGCUAUUUGCACUUCAGAUACACCUACUUCAGCACACGGGACCAGCCCCCCUCCAGAGAGAUGCUCUUCCUGUUUCUCACCAGUAUUGCUGAGUGCUGUAGUACUCCCUACUCACUCCUGGGACUUGUCUUUACUGUUUCCUUUGUGGCGCUGGGUGUCUUGACCCUAUGCAAAUUCUACUUACAAGGCUACAGAGCUUUCAUGAAUGACAAUGCCAUGCAUAGGGGCAUGACAGAGGGUAUCACUCUGCUAAUUUUGGCAGUUCAGACUGUUAUUGAGCUACAGGUCAUUCAUAGAGCAUUCCUCCUCAGCAUCAUUCUCUUUAUUGUGGUGGCCUCCAUUCUGCAGUCCAUGUUGGAGAUUGCUGACCCCAUAGUUUUGGCACUAGGCGCCUCUAGAGACAAGAGUCUGUGGAAGCACUUCCGAGCAGUUAGUCUUUCUUUCUUACUGGUCUUUCCUGCUUACAUGGCUUACAUGAUCUGCCAGUUCUUCCGCAUGGACUUCUGGCUGCUCAUUAUCAUCUCCUCCAGCAUCCUCACAUCAUUGCAGGUUCUUGGUACUCUACUUAUCUAUGUCCUCUUCAUGGUGGAGGAGUUUCGUAAGGCUCCGGUUGAGAACAUGGAUGAAGUCAUCUAUUAUGUCAAUGGAACCUACCGGCUCCUAGAGUUCCUGGUUGCAGUCUGCGUCGUGGCCUAUGGUGUUUCUGAGACCCUGUUUGGAGAAUGGACUGUUAUGGGCUCCACCAUUAUUCUUGUUCACUCCUACUAUAACGUGUGGCUAAGGGCCCAGCUGGGCUGGCAGAGCUUCCUGUUGCGCAGAGAUGCCGUUCAUAAGAUCCAAAGCAUGCCCACUGCUUCCACAUUACAACUCCAGCAGCAUAAUGACAUCUGUUCCAUGCUUUUCCAGGAUAUGAAGUCUGCUGUCAUUACGCCAUGCAGCCACUUUUUCCACGCUGCCUGCUUAAAGAAGUGGCUUGUGCAGGAGACAUGUCCUUUAUGCCAUGGCCAGCUCAAAAGCCAACUGCAGCCAACUAUCUCUUCAGGCGAUCCCACCCAAGGUACUCCAGCCAAUCAGAACCCAGAAGAGGUAGAGCAGGAGCAGAGUCAACCACAGGUUGAGUUGAAAACUGAGGAAGGCACCCAAGCAGAGGAAAUGAAAACUUCAACCGAGCAGAAGCUUGGAAUGGACUUGCUAUCUCAGAGCUUGAAAAUCCAACCCAAAGAAUGUGACUUAGUGGGGGGCAGUGCAGGCACAGCUGGCAAUUUGGAGGGUGAUGAUGAUGAUGAUCAUAGUUCAUGCAGCACAUCAGAUGUCCAUUGCACUUCUUGAGCACACCGUUAGAUAUGGGUAACACACACUUCAUAUUGCCAAUGCUGAGGACUUUAGUCGAUGGUUAAAGGGAUAGUUCACCCUGGAUAAAAGUUCUGUUAUUGUUUACUUGCACUCAUAACUUUACAACCCUUUUUGUCUUUUUAACAUGAUGAACAGUGGACAAAAGCGGUUACUGGAAAUCUUAUUAUGAGUGUUUUUAUAUAAUAUAAUCAUUGGAAUGAACUAUCCUUUUUGGCCUGAUCACUACUAGUCUGUCAGUCAAUAGAUCUACUUGCUUGCUUUUAUAUGAUCUGUUCACAUUAUUGCUGGUCAAAAGACAUUUCAGAAUAUCACACUACAGAGCAGAACUUGGUUGCUACACAUUUUUCAUUGGUAAAACUGAAUCCAGGUCUUAUUUCCUUUGAUCUGUUUGGCAUAAGUAUGCUCAGAUUCACAAUAUGUGUGUGACAAUUAAAUCAAGAAGCAUUUUUCUCAGUUCUAGUGUUGGUGUAGGUAACAGCAUUUUUCCAUGUUAGGGGACAGAGCAGUUUUCAGUAUUUGCCCAGUAGACCAUUCUAGCCAUUGAGGUAAGGCAUUCAUCUUUUGCUAUGCUAUGCUGUCUGAUUUAGAUCUGUAAAAAUAAGAAAUUUGAAGUGUAUCAAUUUUACCCCCAGAUGAGCCACUAAGAAUCCAAAACCUUGCUGAGUGAAACUGAGGAAUGUUAUUUAAAGUGCCACUGAGCCAUUUCAUAUGUUUUAUCACGGUAAGCCUCUUGUUAUUUACAAGUUUUAAUGGAACGUCUGAAGCCAAGCAAAAAAAAAUUUCCAUGUAUUUUUGCCCCUAUUUACCAUGUGUCAAAAAUAAGUAGCUGAUGGUUAAGUUGUUUUGGCAGUUGGCUUGAUUCCUGGAAGGGAGCAUUUUGGAAAGCCUAUUGUCGACUACAUAGACUAAACCUGUUUUAUGGUUUAAAUGGAGAUUUAGUGAGUAGACAAUCA